UUAUGAGAGCGCCUCGGGUUUCUCAACUACAGGAAGAAUGAGGAUUGUCAAAGUCACGUAGCGCGAUUAUGGAGUCAUUAGAAGAUGGAGAUACUUUCUAAUGUUGUAAACAAACUGUUUCAGCUUUCAGAGUUUUAUGGCGUAAGUAAUUUACGCAGGACCAAAAAGAUGGAGGAGAAAGCGCUAGAAGUUUAUGACGUAAUACGGACCAUUCAGGAUCCAGAGAAACCCAACACUUUAGAGGAACUGGAUGUGGUUAAUGAAAAAUGUGUAGAGGUUCAGGAUUUAGGGGAUGACGAGUACCUCAUCAUUAUCAGGUUUUCCCCUACUGUACCACACUGCUCUCUGGCCACACUGAUAGGUCUUUGUUUACAAGUGAAACUACAGCGCUGCCUUCCAUUCAAGCAUAAGCUUGAAAUCUACAUCACUGAGGGAACACAUUCAACAGAAGAAGACAUUAACAAACAGAUCAACGAUAAGGAACGGGUAGCAGCAGCGAUGGAGAACCCUAAUUUGCGGGAUAUAGUGGAGCAGUGUGUUACUGAACCUGAUGACUGAGUCUUUCACAUGUACACAAUCUUUAUUAGCUGAGGCAUUAAUGCUGGCAAAGCUGCUCUGUGUUUUUUGAAACAUGUUAAAAGAGGAAGAUGGUAGUGAUUCUUUGCUGACUCUUCUUUGCAGGCAGCCGACAAAGCAAAUAAAACAGAGAGAUCAGUACCAGAGCAAUAAACCCAAUAUCUUUUAAUAGCUCACAUUCAUGCAUUCAGUUAGCCUGCUGUCUGAGCUCAGCUGAACAGAACAUUGCUGGGAAAAGUUUGAGCAGACUGAAGUUAGAUUUGUGUAAAGUCCCCAGAGUCAUAAGGCUAGUCUCUGGUGGAUAAAUCUGUACCUGUUCCAGUUUUUGUUUGUUUGCCUGUAUGUCCACUGGAUCUAAAAUGUAAAUGUUUGUGAGUCAAACCAGUGUAAAUACUAUAUGACUGCUUAAUCUUUUAUCAAUCAUAAAAAAUGUAUAAGAAUUUUUUUAUUGUUCAUGGACAAAUCUGACAUUUAAAUGCUGUUUAAAUGUUUUAUUAGAAUAGUCAUUUAAAAAAGUUUCAUAUAAUGGAUAUGACUUGCUAAAAUGCAUUUUUAAAUUGCAGUUACAUAAUUCAGAAAAUGUCAGGUGUUGCAAUCACACAUCAGUAAUAAUUAUUUGUAGCAUCUGCAGUUUAAUUUCUGUAGACUUGUUUUUGUUGGGGUUACUCCAGCAGACUUGGUAAACUGAACCAUAAAGUUGUAAUAGGGUUUUUAGCUUUGUCACUGCACCACAAGGUUCUUGGAGUCUUCUUUAUUAAAUAUUUAUCCUGGUCAGGA